CGGCGUCUGCAUCGCAGCAAGUUCAGUGUUAAAGUCUUUGCUGCAGAUAAAGUGGUGCGUUUACAGGCACUCACGGGCAGUCUGAACUGAAGAAUACUGAGUGACAAAUUCAUUUUUUAAAAAAUACAACAAUGAUGAGUUAGCCAAUGAAUCACAUGGCUUUUGAAGGUGUGUGAGUGAAGAUGGUCCAGUUAACAAAAGCAAGGAAAUUUCAAAUUCUUAACUGCCUGCUGCGGAAGAGUGUUGUGACCAGGAGUACCCCAUGCAAAUAUGCUUCAUUUUCAGAAGUUCUGCAAUUACAGGAGAAACAGUACACUGAAAUUACCUUCCCUCUCCAAGAUCUGGCAAAAUAUCUGACCCCUAAUGUGGACACUUCGUGUUUUCAGAUUUUCAGUCCUAGCCAUGAUGACAUCAAGAUAGCCGAGGCAUUUUUCAUUCCAUCACGCCGACAUGUCAUUGAUUAUUUCAUUUCUGCUGUUCGUAUAGAUCAUGCCCCACAGUUGUCACAGCCUGAGGUUUGCUUUUUAGGAAGAAGCAAUGUUGGAAAAUCCUCCUUAAUAAAAGCCUUGUUUUCAUUGGCCCCUGACAUUGAAGUCAGAGUGUCAAAACAUCCAGGUUACACAAAGAAAAUGAAUUUCUUCAAAGUGGGAAAAUUAUUUACAAUGGUGGAUAUGCCAGGUUAUGGUUACAGGGCACCAGAAGAUUUUGCAGAGAUGGUGGAGCCUUAUUUAAACCAGCGCCCUAACUUGAAACGGACAUUCUUAUUAGUGGAUGGUCUAAUAGGACUUCAGGAAGCAGAUCACAUUGCUGUAGAAAUGUUGGAAGAAUUUGGGAAUCCUUAUGUUCUGGUAUUAACAAAAAUUGAUAAAGCACCAAAAAGUGUGAUGGCAAAAAAUGUGUUACAAAUCCAAGACUUCAUAGAGAAGAAUACGCAAGGGUGCUUUCCUCAAAUCUUUCCAGUCAGUUCUUUGUAUUAUUCUGGAAUCCAUGUGCUGAGAUGCUUUAUAGCUCAUGUUGUUGGAAAUCUUCACUUAUCUUCAAAACAGUCAUCCUAAUCCAUCUCUUUGUUGUGUAUGGCUUUUUCCACUGAAAGGGAUGCAAGACUCUGCCUGCUUCUCUUUUUAAAAGCUGUGUAAAGUUUUGUAAAAUAAAUGCAGUUAAUAAUAAUAACAUUUGAUUUAUACACUGCCCUUCAGGACAACUUAAUGCCCACUCAGAGAGGUUUACAAACUAUGCCAUUAUUAUCCCCCACGGUGCAAACACGUUUCAAAAGCAUGGAUCCUCUUGAUUUUUACAUGGGGUCACCCAAAGUCCAUCAUACAAUCCCAGACCAUGUCUGUUGCUACAAAUGGGACCAAAAAAUUCAGCCAUCCACUACUUCGUGGAACCGCCACGGCGCAAAAAUACGGUUCAAAAACACGGAUCUGAAUGGAUCCUCUAGAUUUUUACAUGGGGCCACCCAAAAUCCACCAUACAAUCCCAGAUCAUGUCCAUUGCCACAAAAGGUGGCCCGGGGGGGGGGGGGCGGGGAAUCAGCCAUCCACUGCUUUGUGGCACUCCCAUGGUGCAAAAACAUGAUCCAAAAGCAUGGAUCCUCAUGGAUCUUCUUGAUAGAAUGUGACAUCAAAGCUUCAGCUCUGAACAGAGGAACAAAAGAAUGUAAAGCUUAACAGUAAGAUUUGUCCAUAACUGUGGAAUAGUACAGCUCAGUGUAAUCAAGCUCUAAAUGCAUCAUACAGCAUUCCAAAUUCCUCUAUAGACGAGCUGCAAGUAUGGCACAUUCUGGGCCUCUUUGCUCUUCUGCUAUCAACAAAGGUGAAGAAGAAAAUGAAAGUGACAAGAAUAAAAGCAUCUGUUUACUAACAUUGGGACUGUAAUUUUCUAUUUGCAAGCAUGAUUUAUUAAUGACUCUAACAGAAAUAGUUAAGGUAGGACUAUGAGGAAACAUCUCUGUGAGAUACUAAAGAAUCAUAGUAGCAAGGGGUUGAUAAUAUUUGGCUCAUUUAGUUCCGUUAUUCAUAUUAGCCAAGGGAUUCCAUCAGAAGCUCUAGAAGAUGCAUUUCAGGGGAAGUGUACCUAUUCGAGGGGCUUUUGUGGUCCAUUCUGCUCCAGUGUAAUUAGUUGUUUUUAUUUAAUAAAUAAAACCAUACACUCUAAACAGUGGGGUGAAAGUUCUUACGGUGUAUGGUUUUGUUUUACUCUCUGAAUAGGAGGUAGAGUCAAGACCAUCUUUUUUUGGGAGCUGUUUUCUAGUGGUGCCAGAAAGGGAUACUAUGCUUUGCAGUUUAUUCAGAAAGUGUAUGUACUGCAGCUGUUCCAAACACCUGCUUGAGGUGUCUUAACAAAGUAAAAAUAGUAGAAAUGAGCAAGAGUCCAAUAGUACCUAUAAGACUAGCAAAAUUUGUGGUAGAGUAUGAGCUUCUUCAGAUACAGCUAGAAUGUGAGUCCAUCAAAUUCUAUUGUUUUUGUAAAAACACAAAUUGUCGAAACACAAUAAAAUUAUUUAAAACUA